GACUACAUAAGAGGUUGAUCAUUCUUUAUCGGAACUACAGAUCAGAGAGAGAGAAACCACGACGACCAACAAAGAAUUGUAGUUGAAGAAGAAGAAGAAGAGGAGACGCCCAAGAAAUGCAAGGAGCUGCUGCUGCUGAUUCGGGGAUGUCUAAUGGCCCUCGGAACAUGAACGCCGGUAACCCUUCGGAUUUUCCGGCCAUUCGGACGCAUGAUGGCCGCUUCAUCCAAUACAACAUCUUCGGUAAUCUGUUUGAGAUCACGUCCAAGUAUCGUCCCCCGAUAAUGCCCAUCGGACGAGGCGCUUACGGAAUUGUCUGCUCGGUAAUGAAUUCGGAGACCAACGAAAUGGUGGCCAUCAAGAAGAUAGCUAAUGCUUUUGACAAUCACAUGGAUGCCAAACGUACACUUCGUGAGAUUAAGCUUCUUCGACAUUUGGAUCACGAGAAUGUUAUCGCCAUAAAAGAUGUAAUUCCACCACCUAUACCAAGAGCAUUUUGUGAUGUCUAUAUUGCUACUGAACUUAUGGACACUGAUCUUCACCAAAUAAUUCGUUCAAACCAAGAAUUGUCAGAGGAGCACUGUCAGUAUUUCUUGUACCAGAUCCUGCGUGGGAUGAAGUACAUACAUUCUGCCAAUGUUAUUCAUAGAGAUUUGAAACCCAGCAACCUCUUGCUUAAUGCAAAUUGUGACCUGAAGAUAUGUGAUUUUGGGCUAGCUCGACCAACUUCAGAGAAUGAGUUUAUGACAGAAUAUGUUGUCACCAGAUGGUACAGGGCACCGGAACUAUUGUUGAACUCCUCAGACUACACUGCUGCAAUUGAUGUGUGGUCAGUGGGCUGCAUAUUUAUGGAGCUCAUGAAUAGGAAACCAUUAUUUCCUGGUAGAGAUCAUGUGCAUCAGAUGCGUCUAUUGACAGAGCUUCUUGGCACACCCGCUGAAGCAGAGCUUGGGUUUGUUAAGAAUGAAGAUGCAAAAAGGUACAUCAGACAACUCCCUCUACAUCCUCGGCAGUCAUUUGCCCAUGUGUUCCCACAUGUUCAUCCAGCUGCAAUUGAUCUCAUUGAGAGAAUGUUGACAUUCGACCCCACCAAAAGAAUUACUGUUGAAGAAGCGCUAGCUCAUCCUUACCUUGAAAGAUUGCAUGAUAUAGCUGAUGAGCCCGUUUGCCCAGAGCCAUUCUCCUUUGAGUUUGAGAAACAAGCCCUAGUGGAAGAGCAAAUGAAGGAGAUGAUAUACAGAGAGGCCUUAGCCUUCAAUCCAGAGUAUGCAAUAUGGUAAGUCUGGUAGACUUUGUUUUAUAGACGGUAAAAAUGGUCUUCGAAUACAAAUAGAGAAAUGGGGGCACACAAACAAGAAAUAGCCACCCUUCUUACAACAAGUCCUAUAUGGUAAGCUUUGUAUGCAAGGGCUAUCAGAAUCCAAUUGGCGAAGUCAGAAUUGCAGAUCAAAUGGUUGUUGUGAUCAUUCUGUCUAGUUGAAUUUGUGGGGUUCACUGUUUGCGUGUCAUGCAUGAUUAUAGCCUGUCAUGCCAUCUAUAAUCAGACUUGCACCUCUACAAGAGCAACAAGUGAUUUUUUAUGAUUUUUUUCUCGUGUGUUUGUGACGGUACUUGGGCCUUUUAUAUUGCCUAAAUUGAAAUUCAUAUCCUGUGAUGUAUAAGGUAAAUAUAAUGUAGACUAAUGUAGUUGAUGACUUGAUGUGUAUGGAUUUACCUCUUGAAUCGAAAAUGACUAUGUGACAAAAAUAUGUCAGUGUGGAAUAAAACACUUGUUCUUUUGUUC